AUGGAUAAAACUUCAGAAGCAUCGACUGUAAAAAGACUAUGGAAUUUAUUGGCAAAAAGAGUUACAGAGUCAAAAUAUACUAUCGCUUACUGCACUUUACUCACCUUAUCAACUAUUACAUGUAUCAUUCUUGAAGCGAUCAUUGUCAAUGCAGAUUUAGAAAUAUACAGCGAUCUACAACGUGUGGACCCAAAUAUUACCACUUAUCCUUCUACAUCCAUUCACCUUGCCAGCACAGACACUGAUACUGUGGCGUUGGGCUUAAGAAGGCUUAAAAAUGAAAAUGUUUUUUUUAUUUUGGUUUCGUUGUUUCAGCUUGUUUUGGGCUUGGAUGCUGUGUUAAGGCAGAGUGUGAUUCAACUGAUAGCACAUACAACAAAUCAAUUCUUGUCAACUGUAUUUGCUUCUAUUCAAGUUUUAGAAACAUCCGAAAAAAACCAGAUUGUGAACCAAAACAUUUUAGAUGCGAUUGCCAACGCUACCGGAAUACUCACAAGGAUUCGUCUUUAUUUCUUGAUCGCGCUGCGGAACGGAAUCGGAUUGGUCGUAGUCAUGGCACUGUUCUCCUUCAUCUUUGUCUAUUUAUCUUAUCAGCUGUUUAAACAGUUUGGUUGGAAUACCUAUAAAAGAAUAGGCGCUGACAUUCAACAACAAGAACGAUUUAGACUAGCACAAAUCUUCUUUAUGUUUUUAAAACUAGACGCCUUCUUCCAACUUGUACUUUGCAUAUUCUAUACCGUCGUCAUGUCUCAGGAACAAUAUUUUGCACUAUGGAGUAUUGAUCGAAAGAAAUUCGUGGGCUACAUCAUACACAUUGCCCUUACUGCCUUGUUGAUACCCGCUUUACUUGUGGCAAGAUACGGUGUCAUUGCAGAGAAUAGGACUGUCAUGGUUGCAUUCCAAGUUACGCAAAUCAUUGUCAUAAUGGAUUUCGUUCUUGUCCUCGUCGAUAGUGCUGGCACUUGGGUAUUUUGGAUCCUUGCUGUCUGCGUUGCCAUCGCCUUAUGCGUGGUUACCAUUGUCAUUUCGUUUCUUGUGGCUAAAAAUUUUGAUAAGGGACUCAAGCCAUACAUGCAAAGACUGUUUGAUUCAAAUGAGGAAAAUGACAAGCAGGAUAAAGGAAACCUGCUUAGGAAUGAAGAAUGGCUCAUUGAUGAUGAAGACGAUUAUACCCCAUCUCAUAAAUAA